CGCAAUUUUUGGCACGUCACAGCCGCGUCAUCAUGUCUCCGUGUCUGCUUUUAUCGCUGGGGAAUUAAAUUAUUCGACAUUAUCACACCUAACUGACAUCAUUUAAUGUGGUCUGCUUUUUAAUAAAAAUAAAUUCAGAGAUGGAGCUGCUGAGCCAGGUGUCCAAUGUGCAGUUUUUGUACCCUGUCGCAGCUGUUGCCGUUGUUUUAGUAUGUGCCGCGUUAGUAUUUAUUUUCGGUUUUCAUUCGGCGGAACAACCACAAUUCGAUAAGUUGCCUCUUGUUUUGGACGAUAGAAAGUCAUCUAACAAGAAGAGGAAAAUCAAGGAGAAGAAGUCUUCACCCAACCGCACAGCCGAUGAGGUAAAGACAAAGACAGAGACCGCCAAAAAAUCUCCCGCCAAAGAGAAGAAGGAAGAAAAACCUGAAAAACAAAAGGAACCUGAAAAACCCAAACCUAAAGAAAAGGCACCUGAGCCCAAACCAGUAAAGAAAGAAGCUAAUGAUGUGAAGAAAGGAAAAAAGAAACCAUUGGUUGAAGCAGAGAAGCCAGCUGAUUUUGAUGAAGGUGUCUGGGAAGAGGUGCCAAAAAAGAGUGAUAAGAAAAAAGUGAAAGGUCCCGAAGAGAAGGAUAAGAAAGACAGUCCAACUAAAAAGAAUAAGAAGAAGGCUAAGGACGCUGAUGUUGAAGCAGCAAGGCCUGCUGAUGAAUCCUCUGAGGAGCCUACAAAAGUGAUUGUUACUAUAGAGACACCUCUUGAUGAGGAAUCUAGCCGUGCCCUGCAAGCACAAGUUGAAGAGUUCCAGCGUGUGCUUAAGGAGGCUGAGCGUCGCGACCAGGCUGCACUUGGUAAUUUGGAAGAAGAUGAUGCAGGGGAUGAGGAGCUGCCUGAAGUGAAAGACCUGAGGAGCAACAAGAAGAAAGAAAACAAGGAAAAGCAGAUUAAGAAAAAGGCAGUUGAAUCUGCUGCGGCAAAGAGCACUCCUAAAGGUGAUGAGAAGGAUGCCUCUGAUUCCUCUGAAAAGCAAGAUGAUAAUCAAAAUGUGCCUGUUUUUGAUGAACUUGGCGAUACUUGGACGGACGCCAAGGUGUCUAAGAAGAGCAAGAAGAAAGCCCGCAAGGAGUAGUGAAUGUGAGUAGUAGAGGCGCGGUGCUCGCCGCUAGCUCAAUGCCACUCACACUGCACAUAAAACUACAACUUGCAUAACAUACUAUAUUACAAAUUAUAUUCUAAAUUUACAUGACAUUUAAAUUUAAAAAAAAAAUAAUGUGUUUGUUCUCUUUUAUCAUUAUUGACAUUUAAAUUUUAUGAUGGUGACAUUUUGUAGUUUUAAUGUGGUGUGAAAUUGUUUACGUUAAGUUAUAAUUAUAAGAUUGAUAAUUGUUUCUUACACAUUCAGUUAAUUUACGUCCAUGUUUUAGUUGCUUAUAUUUUAUGUUAUGGAUUUGUUUUUUUAUUUCAUUAUAAUUUAAUAUUUGUUUAAUGCAUAAUAUGGUUUGUUUUGGUAUGUUAAGAGUCAUUACAUUCUAGAAGGAGCCUUUUGGAAUCUGCAAUAUGUGUUGAUGUAAAUCCGGCACAUGUUAUGUAUGCUGGAGGUUGACAGGUCAUGGCUCUGUGAACUGUUCUAGUGUAUUCUGACCUGUAUCUAUAAGAAAUGUUUCCAUACAGACAUUCAUGAAUUUCUGGUGCUUGUAGAAGUAAGUGUAUUUUCCUCAUUUCAUUCCAGCUGUGAGCGUAACAUAGGCUUGUAGGGGAUUUAUUUCUUUUUCUUUGUGUUUGUGUUAAUAACAAUUAUAAUAAAUGUUUACACAUUACAAAACGCGUAAUAAAAACGUGCAAUGCAAUUUUUUUUAAGGUUUGUUAAUUCAUAAUUUAGGAAUAUUGUAAUUCACUUUUUGUAUAUUUGAAUUUUAUAUGUUAUCAUAGCUUUUCUUAUAACGCAUCUAACACGAGUAAUUUCCGUCCGUACUAAUUUAUUAAUAAGACAUUGCUAAUUUUUCAUAAUUUCUUAAUAAAAUUUUCUUGUUAUUUGAUUAGAUUGACACAUAUCUUGUACUGGGGUGAUAUUGUUAAAGUAUGAAUUUCUGUCGGAGCUGAUAUGUGAAACAUCGAUUUUUUAUUGCAGAUUCCUAUUUUGUAUAUCUAGGUUUAAGUAUAAAAUACUAUACAGAAUGCUGGAAAUACAGAAAUAAUAAUUAAAAGUUCUUAUCGACUCCAUAUAUAAAUUCUAAUUUAUUAUGUAAUUAUUAUUUUAUAGGAUAAUGUUGGUAGCAAUGUUUACUCGCUGGACAAGUUACUCGAGUGACAUAGCUCAUAGACUUUUAAUACUACGAAUUUCUAAACUAAAUGGGGUUGUAGGCUGUGCAAUAAUUUCUUUUUUCUGGGUUAUUUCCCAAAACUUAUUGCCUGACUCAUAUUUACAUCUGUCUUGAAAAGUUAUACUCAUUUUGUUGAAAAUGUACUAUAAAUGGAAUGGUUACUCUAUAGUUGUGACUAUUCAUUGCUGUUAUUUGGGUUACAAGAAACUAGAGACCAACUUGCUUGUACUAAGACAUUUUUCUGAGACAUCACAUUGGGACCUUACAGUUCCUUACGAGAAAUGUACAUGUGAUUCAUGGAGUUUUUACUAUUACAUUAUUUGUUAUACUUUCCUCAUUCUUCACCAUUUCUUCAAAUAGAUGUUAAGCCAUGUUAUCAUAUAUAAUUUACAAAAUGGAGAUGCACUUUUGUGAUAUCUUUUUGUGUUGUAUGUUGGUAGUGGUAGGGGCUAGUUUACAAUGGUCACUUCUAUGACAUACUUGUCUUAUACGCACUCCAUCUUCUAGUUGUGUAUGUUAGAACAAUAAAAUAUAUAUUUCAUUAUUUUAUUUGAUGUUACUUAAACGUUUGGUACUUAGGGCCUAAGUGUAUUUUCUCAAUGGAAGUGUAACGUAGUUAUCAGAUAAAUAGAAUCCCAUAUAAAAAGUACAUUAGAUGUAAACAUAAUGUCAGCUUCAUGUUCAUACAAAGUUAGGGCGCGGACACACUGCGCUCGGCUCUCUUGAGAAUGUUUCAUACAUCUCGGGAGUCAUGAAUGUGUAAUAUAUUUUUCUAAAAUCAAUAAAGAGUGAUAUUGAUUAUGUU